CCCGCCCCGAUGGCGGAAGGCACAGGUAGCGGCGCCGGCGGAGAGGCGAUGGCGACCGCGGAAGGCGCGUCGGGCCCGGCGGGCUUGUGUCUGGGCCGGGGCUUCGCCAACUACCGGCCCUUCGAGCCCCAGGCGUUGGGCCUGAGCCCGAGCUGGCGGCUCACCGGCUUCUCCGGCAUGAAGGGCUGAGGCUGCAAGGUCCCCCAGGAGACGCUGCUCAAACUCCUGGCGGGACUGACGCGGCCGGACGGGCUCCGGCCCCCGCUGGGCCGGGCCCUGCUGGGAGGAGGCCCCGAGGAGGCGCCCCAGGAAGGCGGCCUGCUGGGCGCGGAAGCCAGUCCGACCUGCCCACCGGCCCUGGGCAUCGGCCUGGACUCCUGUGUCAUCCCUCUGAGGCACGGGGGCCUGUCCCUGGUGCAGACCACAGACUUCUUCUACCCGCUGGUGGAAGAUCCCUACAUGAUGGGCCGCAUCGCCUGUGCCAACGUCUUGAGUGACCUCUACGCCUUGGGCAUCACCGAAUGCGAUAACAUGUUGAUGCUGCUGAGUGUCAGUGAGAGCAUGAACGAGGAAGAGCGAGAAAAGAUCACACCCCUCAUGAUCAAAGGGUUCCGGGACGCCGCCGAAGAAGGGGGGACGGCAGUGACCGGUGGACAGACGGUGGUGAACCCUUGGAUCAUCGUCGGCGGGGUCGCCACCGUGGUAUGUCAGCCCAAUGAAUUCAUCAUGCCCGACAGUGCGGUUGUGGGCGACGUGCUCGUGUUAACCAAACCCUUAGGAACCCAGGUUGCCGUCAAUGCCCACCAAUGGCUGGAUAACCCAGAACGCUGGAACAAGAUCAAGAUGGUGGUCUCCAAAGAAGAGGUAGAACUGGCCUAUCAAGAAGCCAUGUUCAAUAUGGCAACCCUCAAUAGAACUGCUGCUGGCUUGAUGCACACGUUUAACGCCCAUGCAGCUACAGACAUCACCGGCUUUGGCAUCCUGGGACACUCUCAGAAUCUUGCAAAGCAGCAAAGAAAUGAGGUGUCCUUUGUUAUUCAUAAUCUGCCAAUCAUUGCUAAGAUGGCUGCCAUCAGUAAGGCCAGUGGGCGAUUUGGCCUCCUUCAAGGUACCUCGGCUGAAACUUCUGGUGGAUUACUCAUUUGCCUCCCUAGAGAACAGGCAGCUCGCUUUUGUUCUGAAAUCAAAUCUUCCAAGUAUGGAGAAGGCCACCAAGCAUGGAUCGUUGGCAUUGUGGAAAAGGGAAACCGGACUGCCAGAAUCAUUGAUAAGCCUCGAGUUAUUGAAGUCCUACCUCGUGGGUCCACUGCAGCUACUCUAGCUCCUGACAAUCCCAAUGCCUCUGCUGAGGCUAGUUCCUGAAGUGGACUAGCAGAAGUUAUUUGGACUAAAGAGGCAUUGUGCAGCAAUCCUCCGGAGUUGAUUUUUCAGAAGAAAUUUCCAAAGAAGGCUGCUUGCUUCAUAGUUCCAGCUACCCUUUCCAGGUGAUUUGACUCAGCCCAUCAAAAGCUGCACAUUCCAAGGCCAGAAGUAACAGUUUGAACUUGGGGGGAGGAGUGUUAUGUUCGUUGACCCCUUGCAAAGAAGAAUAGGAAAAUCUGUUUCUUCUUCUAAGGGUAAAAUGAGGCUAUUCAGGUUUGAGGGGGUUUUCUAGACACAAAAUUGAUUACUUUGUGCACAGAGAAUAAGAUGAUUUAAAUUGCAUACACCAAAAAAAAAAAAAAUACUGUUGAAAAAUUGAGAGAUCUUAUAAAUGCAAUGUCAAAUUCUUUACUCGAUUUUUUUUUUUUUUCUGAUAUACUGGCUCUUUCCUGCUUGGACAAGAAUUGAGCAGCUUGUCCAAUGCUUGGGGAAGGAAGACCUGUAGCCAUCUGACUUGGUCUCUGUUAAUGAUGUCUCUCCCUCUAAACCCCAUUAUGGAUUGGGAGAGUCAGAACAAGCCCUAGAGUCCAGGCCUUAAUGGUUUUUAAGAUGUAUAUCUUAUGCUAAGAGAUUCUGAUAAUUUAAUCAAUUUCUGGUGAAAUAAAAGGGACUUUGUUGCAAAAUUA